AUGACAGACAUUAUUGAACAUUUACCAAAUGAAUCAUUGCCAGUCAGAGAUUCUGGCAAUGUAAGUUUAUCUUCAUCACUAGAGAUGAAAUCUGUAGAUGAAGUAGAUAAUGUUGGUUAUCGCUUUGAAUCAGAGAGAUUAAGAAGUUUUGAAAACUGGCCUGUGCCCUAUAUAGAACCAGAAAAAUUAGCAGCAGCUGGAUUUUAUUAUCUUGGUGAAGGAGACAAAGUUAAAUGUUUUGAAUGUAACAUAGAGAUAUGUCAGUGGGUAGAAAAUGAUGAUCCAAUGGAGGAUCAUAAACGUUGGUCGAGUAAAUGUAGAUUUAUUAAAAAACAACCGUGUGGAAAUGUACCUAUAGGAGCAGAUCCAAAUACUAUACCACCAGUACGAUCUAGUUUAGAUGUUUGUGGAAUAUAUCAUCAAAAUUCUGGAAAUGAUACUCUUACAGCAGAGUUACAACUUUUGAGCACUGCCAAAUUAAAUGCUAUGGGUUUAGGUCGUACAAAGGGACCAUUGCAUCCUGACUUUGUUAGUUAUGAUGCAAGAUUAAAAACAUUUGAUACCUGGCCAAGAUCAAUGCCACAGACAAAAGAGCAUUUAGCACAUGCUGGAUUCCAUUACACAGGAAAUGGUGAUCAGACUCUUUGUUAUCAUUGUGGAGGAGGCCUCAAAGAUUGGGAACCUGAAGAUGAUCCCUGGGAGGAACAUGCCAAAUGGUUUCCCAAGUGUUGCUAUCUCCUGAUGGUAAAAGGACAAGAGUAUGUAAAUAAAGUCACAGGACAGCAAACAUCGCCCAUUUCAACAGAGGAGGCAUUGCAAAUGAACUUACCAAGUUUUAUUAAAACAAUUGAACCAUUAUCAUCGGAUAGCGGAGAAAAUGGUCAAAUUGAAAAUGCCCCUGGGCCAAGUCACAGAACUGAGAGUGGCUUGAAAGUAGAAGGAUCUACAUCUGAAGAAAUUAAAGGAUGUAAAGAUUUCAAUAGUACGAAAGCGCACUGUAGCAAAUCCGUAGAUGAUGCUAGAGUAUGUAAAAUUUGCUAUAAUGGAGAGUUAGGUGUGGUUUUCUUACCAUGUGGACAUAUGGUUGCCUGUGUUGACUGUGCACCGGAAAUGACGACUUGUGCCGUGUGUAGAGUACACGUAGCAAUGAAAGUUAGGGCCUUCCUGUCUUGAAUUGUAAAAAUAAAAGUAGAUUGUAAAUUUUGCAAAAUGUGUUAAAUGAAAAGGGAACUAUUAAUGUAUAACUACUGCAUUACAUUUCUCUCAACUCGAUUCACGCACGUAUUCACACAUCCCUGCCUUAUGUGAAUAGUUUAUAAAUCGUAUAGAAUUAUUGUAACAAUUAUUGUAACUAAAUCAUUAGUUUGUAAUAUUUAUGUAAAGUAUAUUAGGUAUUUUACAAUUUCCAACAUUAUGCCGUAGAAAUAUACAAAUAGAUGAUCUCAAUGGAAAUUAAAAGCAUAGAGAAAAUAUGCUAAAACAAAUGGUGUAAUCUCCCGGGAUUAGUAUAUUUGGAAGAAAUAUGUUAUUCGAAACAUUGUAAUAUAUCCAUAGUUGUGACAUUAUUAAUGUAUUUCCUUCAAAUUUAUAUCCAAAUUAAUUGACGUAUUGUGAUAUAACGAACGUAUCGUAUUAAGAGCUUGUAAUUAUAUUUUGUAUGAUCAAAUACUUAUUACGAACGAUUGUUAGCUUACAAAUAAACUUUAGGAAUAUAAUUAAAAUUUCUUCUUUUCCUUUCCUUUCAUUUUUAUUUCCUUUUUUAUAUAUAUAUAUAUAUAUAUACGUAUAUACUGAAAUCAUUGCAUGCAAUUGAAUUUAACUAUAUCCACUGCUUGUACUUGUUUAGACAACACAUAUACUAUAUCAUCUACUAUUUUCUAUAGUAUAUGGGAUUGUUAUACUAUUCAUAAAAUACAUAAUGUAAGUAAAAUACAUAGUCUUUAUUAGGUGUAUAACGCAAUAUAAAGUUCACUAGGUGUCAUUUAUAUAUAUAAAGCACAUGAAACAUUGAUAGUAAUUAUAAAAAGAAGUCCCUAAUGUGUAAGUAUAUAGUGUUAAAUAAUACUUUAUCAAUAUUUCUUAUCAUUAAUUACCGAUAUACUAAACUUUAACAUAAGCUUAACAGUGAAUAAAGAUAUUUUUCCAAAGUGCAUGAAUUAUACACACGUUUAAUAUUAUUAAAUAGAAUUCUCUCUGCAUGUAACAUUACAUUUGUAAUCAUAACACAUUAUAUUAACAUAUUAAAUUUAUAUCAAUAUUAGACAGACAAAUGUAACAUUACAUAGAAAAAUGGAAAAUCAGAUAAUUGGUCGUGUGUUUGCGUAAUAUUUUUGCAACGGAUGUAUAAAAAGGGAGGCCUUUUUGAGACAUAUGUACCUUCUUAUAGUUAAAAUGGCCAAACCUUUCAAUAGAAAGAUCAAAAGUGUGUGCUUAUUAUAUCACAGUUAUCUCAACAAAUUAUAUUUUUAAAUAACUUUGUAAAAUAUCUAAAUUUAGCUAAAUAAUUAUAGUGAGAAAUAAAUAUUGACCAAUUAUCAAUGUUAUUUUUAUACAACUCAUAGUGUUAUAAUAUCUAUAAAAAAGUAUUCUUUCGCGCAAUUUCAUCCAAUAUUCCAAUUUGUAAUUAUAUAUAACAAAUUAUCAUAAUAAUGGUCUUUGUAAUUUAGGCCUUAAAAAUUGUUAUGUGAAUUUGUAAUCCCUU